CGCCCGCCCGCCGUCCCCGGCCGGCCCCAGGGCCCCGCCGCCCCCUGAAGCGGCCGGAGCCGCGCCCGCCGCCCGCCGGGACGAUGGUGCGCUGCGGGGCGGCCGCGCUGCUCGCCGCGCUCCUCGGCGUCUGCGUCUGGACCGACGAGACCGGGAAAGUUAUCUCGGACCGGUUCGCCGUCUACUGGAACCGGAGCAAUCCCAGGUUCCACCGCGGGGACUACACGGUGGAGGUGAGCAUCAACGACUACCUGGACAUCUACUGCCCGCACUACGAGGAGCCGCUGCCGGAGCGGAUGGAGAGGUACAUCCUCUACAUGGUCAACUACGAGGGCCACGCGUCCUGCGACCACCGGCAGCGCGGCUUCAAGCGCUGGGAGUGCAACCGCCCCGACUCCCCCAACGGGCCCCUCAAGUUCUCCGAGAAGUUCCAGCUCUUCACCCCCUUCUCGCUGGGCUUCGAGUUCCGACCCGGCCACGAGUACUACUACAUCUCCGCGUCCCCCCCGAACACGGUGGACAGGCCCUGCCUGAAGCUGAAGGUUUAUGUUCGGCCAACAAACGAUUCCCUCUACGAGUCCCCGGAGCCCAUUUUCACCAGCAACAACUCCUGCUGCAGCCUCAGGGUGCCGCCGGCGGCGCUGGCGGUGGUGCCGCUCGUCUGGACGCUCCUGGUCUCGUAGCACCGACACCGACGCGCCGGGAGCGGCCCGGGGACGGA